AUGAUGCAAGGAAGCGAUGCUAAGUCAUUGGAAGCAAAGCAGAUUGCUGAGUGGGUGGAGCAAUUGGACCUGGAAAACCAGGUUUUGCGGGAAUGCAUCUCUCGCUGUGCCGACACGUUAAUCAAUGCUACGUCCAAUGAAGAGGACAGGAACCUGGCAAGCUCACGCCGGAAGGGGCUCGCUGUGCUACUGGCGAAUGGUCCCGGCCAUGACAUCAUAAAUUCACUGUCACUGCCCUCACGAGCACAUCUUCGAGCCAAGCAGCUGCUGCAGAGCCGAGUUCUCCAGUCCGCGUACAGUUCCCUGCCUGAGCACGCUGGACAAGUGGAGCUGGAGCUAGAAAGGUCUAGUUCUCUCCUUGAAGAUCAGCUUCGUCUGCAAAGGACACGGUAUACUGCCUUGGAGGUUGAAGUGGAUGCGCUGCAAAGAGACCUGGCGUCAACGCGGGAGAGGCAGCAAAUGGUAGAGAAUACACAGCUUGAAGAGAGGCUUCGACAUGAUGCUUUGAUCAUGUCGGAGAUGCAUCAACUGCAGCUUGAGCUGUACCAGCUCGACGAGGAAGCUGUGGCUUUGGGGCCCAAGAUACAGCAGAUGCACCAGCGCGGGCUGGCAGUGAAGGCUUUAGGACGAUUGUUGAAGUUCUUGACGUCAGAGGGCUUCACACGAGAGGUUCUUUGGCGCUGGCGCUGUCUGUUAUCGCCUUGA